AUGACCCAGCAAUUUUACACAUUGGGCGACGUUGCCGCAGUCGCUCGGAAACACCCUUUCUACAAUCCCAGUGUGAAAUAUCCACUUUUUCCUCACGAAGUUGGGGAUGUCAUCAAAUCAACGCCUCUUGAUAACGAUUGGUUCUCCCAUUUUCCAAUCAUCGAGAAAAAGAACAUUUUCCCAGUCAUUGAGCGUCUGGCAGAAGAUGAUUCGCCAGAAAACAGCUUCCGCCAAAGUUCUUACACCAGUGUUACGGGUGGAGGCUGGAGCCGUGGGGUUCCAAUGCUAUUCUUAACCGACAGUGGUGAAAAUCGGCGCCAACGAGAGAGUAUUGGUGCCUUGAUAAAAGCAAUAGGAAUUGUGCAGCCCACUGACUGGAUAUUGAAUAUUCAUGUUUCUGGAUACUUGUAUCGGUCUCUCGACUUGCUGACGGAUAGUCUCGAAUAUGCGGGGGGAACGAUCCUCUGCGCUGGUGGAGAUAUGUCCGCUGAGCUAGUUACCAAAACUCUGAUACAGUACCGAUGCAACUUCCUUACCGGCCCCGUCACCGAGCUCAUUAAGCUAUCUCGGCACAUAGCUAGCCUACCCGCCGAUAUUCGCAGCCAAAUUCGAAUCACCAAGGUUCUGUACACCUCCGAGCCACUGUUACAGUCACAGCGGGACCUUUUGGUAGAAAUCUUCCAUGCUCCCGCAAUAUAUUCCGGCCUAGGCAGUGCCGAGGCUGGAUUCUGGGCUGUUUCCAAUCCACAGCUUGCCACACAUGAUGGAGACGAAAAUGGUGCGCGCGAUGCAGCCGAUUUCAUAUAUGAUACGCGGGCUAUGCACAUUGAGAUCCUCACUCGCCCGUCGUCCGAGACUACUUGUCCAUUACCCCAGCCCGUUGCCGAAGGUGACACUGGUGCUAUUGUGCUAACAUCUCUGCAACGUCUUCGAAAUCCAUUGGUGCGAUAUAACUCUGGGGAUAUCGGGUCUCUCCAUCCGCUUCCAGCCAACGCACAAGCAAAAAUUGCCCCAGCGUUUGCACCACAUCUACGCUUGCUGCGUAUUUACGGCCGAGAUAAAGAGUUCAGUUUCAACUGGGGCUCUAACUACUUCCAUUAUGACACCAUUCAUGAGAUGAUGCAAACAGAAGAAUUUAGCAUCCUCCAGUGGCAGAUCAUACUCGGUUGGGAAGAAGGUAUUAAAGGUGUUGAAUAUAUGGAGGUCCGGAUUCUCCGUAAGUCGCCUGAGACUGCCAAAACCUCAAUCCUUCCAGAAAAAGAAAUAGUGGCCCGGAUCAAGUUCAGCUUCCUCGUUAUCACCAAUCCUUAUUUCAGAGUUAUCAUUGUCAAUGAUGUGAAUGAUUUUGAAAGAAGCGGGACUGGUCGGAAGGUCAUACGAAUGGUUGACUACAGAUGA